AUGGAUAAGCCAUUAUUUUGGGUAAAAUAUCUCAAAGUUUAUCCCAAUAUAGCAGAAGAAUCACUGAAACUGUUUUUACCAUUUUCGAGUACUUAUUUAUGCGAAAAGGCACUUUCAGCAGUAGUGGUCAUAAAAACCAAAUACAGAAACAAACUCGAUAUCACUAGUGAUCUACGUUGUACUCUUUCUUCUAUUCAACCCAGAAUUGAAAACAUUGUUAAAAAUAUGCAAGCCCAUCCAUCUCACUGA